AUGGACCCACGUCGAGCUCGCGAUCCGCGCUUGGCACGCGUGGACCCGCGUUUGCAGCGAGGACCAUCUGCUUUGCCUACUCCCUCGCCCCAACAACAAAGUGGGUCACUACAAGGCGCGACACAAUGGACUGCAAACGGAGCAUAUAUGGCUUCACAGUCCAUGGUUCCCAAUGUUCUCGUGCAGCAAGUUGAUACAGCUUCCGAGAACGCCAUCGCUGGCCCCUCGGCAAACAAUGCAGGAUCUUCUGCAUACAAACCCAGACCACUUUUUUGCGUCGUGUGUGCAAGUAAUCAAAACCGUUCCAUGGAAGGUCAUCAUGUCUUGCAGAAGGCCGGGUACCGAGUGAUUUCUUACGGAACGGGCUCUGCCGUGCGCCUACCUGGACCAUCAAUAGACAAGCCUAAUAUUUAUUCGUUUGGUACACCAUAUAACUCAAUAUACGAAGAACUCAAUGCGAAAGACCCGAAAUUGCAAGUCCGCUGUAUCGCCUUAUGGCUCGAGUACACCGCAAAUGGACUUCUGCAGAUGCUUGAUCGUAAUAGGCGGAUAAAGCUAGCUCCAGAACGGUGGCAGGAUAGCAAGACAGUUGCAGACGUAGUUAUUACAUGUGAAGAACGUUGCUUUGAUGCUGUUUGUGAUGACCUGCUCAGUCGCGGUGGCGAUUUCAAUAAGCCCGUUCAUAUCAUCAAUAUCGAGAUCAGAGAUAACCAUGAGGAAGCGCUCAUUGCUGGAAAGGCGAUGCUGGAUUUGGCCGCUGCAAUCGAAAUCUCCCAGGAUAUCGACGAAGAUAUCGAUAGGAUACUGCAGGUGCAACAGGAGCGCCACCCCCACAGUCUUUUACACGCUAUAGCUUUUUACUAG